AAAAGGUCACUUCGGUCAUGUCCAGCUGCAUUCCCACUACCCAUUUCUCAUCACUCUGCAAAACCCAAACCCUAAUGUCGUCCCUUCUACUUAAAUCCAUCUGUGUCUGCAUUUACCGUUCAUUAAACAUCUUUGCGUAAGGAUAUUCAUUAACCUUUUCUCGAUUUUUUUCCCCAGAUUGGUGCAAAAUAGGUUCUCCACGGUUGAAGAAUUGAGGCCAGGUCAACGAAUGACUGUUUUUAAGGAACACGUUUGUUAAUUCUUUGGGGAAAAAUAUGAAGUCAUCAAGAUGAUGCGUUUGAAGCAAGAAAAGCUGAGCUUUAAUGUGAUGCAAGCAGCAUGCAUUUGCAGUUUUUACCUGUUUUUACUCUUCCUCUCGCCUAGCUUUUGAGCUUCUUGUCAAUUUGGAGAGAGGUCUUUCACUUGCUUAAAGCAUGACUUUUGCUAUAUUUUCUUUCACACAUGGACAAAGCUGCAGUAUUAAAGUGUUAUGAACUUGGUGACCGGAAUACUAGUGAUAUCACUGUUAGCUUGAGAAACAAAGAAGGAAAACCAGAAUGGUUCUUUUCACACUCUUCCAUUCUCAUAAAAAAGAGCAAAUUCUUCGCAGAUCGGCUUUCCCAUCCUUGCUGUACUUGCAUUGAGAUUCACUGCUCAGAUGUUGAUUAUGAUCAUCAUGUUAACCUUCUGAGGUUGCUUUAUCUCCCCACUGAGUUACUUCCAUACUCCUUGGAUUCUGUUCGAUCUGCUGUUGGUAUUCUUGAGGUUGCAGUUGCCUUCCAUUGUGAAGAGAUCACACAGAGCUGCAUUGAGUUCUUGGAGGCCAUACCUUGGGAGGACAAGGAAGAGGAAGAAAUCUUAAAGACAGUUUUAAAGCUGGGUCCAAUAGCAAUGCCCAUAUUAGCUAGGAUCCUGCCUGUAGAUUUGAGUGCCACAAAAAGCGUAUUUGUCUCUGCAGUCCGAUUUGCCACAUCCACUGGUGGCUCAUGUCUUCCAUUUGGAGAUGAGCUCAAAACCUCUGCUCGAGAACAAGUUGAAUACAUGCUAGGGGAAGAUGAAGACAUGCCACUGGUUACAGCUGAUGAAGAAGUAAAAUCGGAGGUAAAAUUGGGUCUUUCCCAGAUUUUUUCCUCAUUCGAAAAGGAAUUGUCUUCCCUCCUGUUGGAGUCUGACGUUCCCUCUGAGGCAACAGAGAACAGAAUACUGCAGAGUCUAGCAGAUCUAGAAUGGGUGUGUAGCAUCCUUCCCAAAAUGGAUUUGAUGAAGGAUUUUGUUUCCAACUGGACGGAAACCUCUGGUAGUAUUUUGGGGGUGGUGGAAGAUGAGAAGCUUGAUUCUCUGAUGUGGGGUUUGAAAGUAAAGCUAAUCGAAGUUACCGGGAAGGUCCUGGAGGCAGUUGGGUACGGAAAUGUGAUUCUCCCAGCAACUUCUCGGGUUCAACUGCUGAAGACGUGGCUUCCUUACAUAAGGAAGAUGAAGCCUCUUCUGGAUUUGAAGGUCUCUGAGGAGAUGAAUUUUCCAUACAAGAUGGAUGAAGACCUUUGCCAGAGCAUUGAGGGGGCAAUUGUCUCUUUGUUACUGGCAUUACCAUCAAAUGAUCAAGCUGAUAUUUUGGCAGAUUGGAUUAAAACAGAGCAAGUUAGGUAUCCUGACUUGAGUGAGGCAUUUGAGGUCUGGUGUUAUAGAACCAAGUCUGCAAAGAGAAGAUUGGUGGAGGGGCUGAGCAGAGUAGGGGAUACCACCAUCAGCUUGUAAUUUGCUGCUCUGAUUUUUUGUUGUGAGUUCAAAUAUAUCAAGUGGGAUGUACUAUGAUGAUUGAUGCCUCUACUGUAUGCUGGAUUACUGACUGCCAAGCUGUAAUUUAUUUGUCUCAUUGCCUAGUCUUUAUUGUGAAUGUUUGAAAAGCCUUUGGAAAAAGCUCAGUUGCGGUUCUUGUAUUUUUUUGAAAAA